AUGUCUUCAUUUAGACCAUAAUCUUCUUAAGUUAUUUAAGUCAGAUCACCUAGUAGAAGUAUAUAAAAUUUAUUUUAUUUUAGUUAUUCCACCUGCUGUGAAUAUGGGAAGAUCAUAUGUUAUACCUGCUAUAUAGAGUUUACCAACGACAGUAAUUGUUAAAGAAAAUAAUACAGGAUCAUAUAAUAAUGAUAAAGAAGUUGAUGAAAAUGUUAGAAAUGAAUUAGAAUAGUGGAAAAGGAAAUGUUUUUCAUUAGAAGCUUAAUUAGCUAAAUAUGAGAUUGAUAAUGAAAUUGUAAAUUAUUUUUAUAUCAUUUUAGAAAGAUGAAUUAUAGUCGAGAAUUCAAGGUUCAUAAGAAGAGGUGAAAAAAUUUCAAAUAGAUAUUACUAAAGCAUAAGUUGAAUUAGAUCAAUAAAAAUCUAACAUGAAUGAUUUAAUUAUUGAAAAUUAAAAAUUACUUAAUUAACAAGUUGAAGUUUAAAGACUAUUAAAAUUAGUGGCUGAAAGAGAGGAUAUGAUAAAUUAAGUAUCAAAAAAAAUUCAAUUAUCUAGCUUUCAUAAAAAUGUAGAGAAUAUUAAGAUUAAUUAUAAGAAUUAGAAGCAUUUUAACAAAAUCUUGAAGAUAUACAUAAUUAAAAUUAAGGAAAAGAUUAAAUGAUUGAAUAAUGGAAGUAAAAAUAUAUUGAAAAUGACAAAAAAAAAUAAAAAGAAAUUGAUGAUCUUAAAGUUAAACUUGCAGAAUUUAAUCCAGCAGAAGUUGCAUCAUUAAAAAGUUAAUUUGAUAGAGAAAGAUAAGAAUGGUAAAAUAAAUAAAAUAAAUAAUAAGCAGAUUUAACUGCUGCCUUGAAAUAGUUAGAUUAAUGGAAAAAUAAAUAUAAUGUAAUAUCAUCUACUAUUAUAGAACUUAGAUCUUUAAUAUUAAUAACUAUUAUCAGUUUAAAAAGAAUCAAUGGCUAGAGUUGAUAGCUUAUCUUUAGAAUAAAAUAAAUUGUCUGCUCAAGUUCAUUUACUAAAUGAUGAUAAAUAAAAAUUAUAAAUUGAAUUAGAGUAAACAAAAGGUUAGCUUAAACUUCAUUAAGGUCUAAUUGCAGAAUUAGAUAGAAUUAAAAAACUAUUAUCUGAUAAAAGUACAGAAUUAUAAUAAAUUUUAUAAUAAUCAUAACAAAAAGACUUUGAUUUAAAUAAUGCCUCAAUGACAAUAUCUGAAUUAAAUCAAAAAAUCAAAUCCUUAUCUCUUUUAUAAUAAGAAAACUAAAGAUUAUAACAGGAAGUUGGUGAUUCUCAUUAAAGAAAUGAAAAACUUUCUCAAGAUAAUUCUUAAUUAUUAAAAGAAAUUGAUAAAUUUAAACUUCUAGAGUAAGAAAAGCAAUAAUUGGAAAAUAAAGUUAGUAUGCUAGCAUCAGAAAUUGAAAGACUUAAAGUUUAACUGAAAUAAAAAAAUGAUAAAAUUUUAGAAUUAUAAGAAGAUUUAAAAAAUUUACAAGAAUAAUUAAGAGAAAUUGAUUCAUUAAUAAAUGAAAAUCAAUAACUAUUAAAAGAGUUGGAAUAAAAAGAUAAUAUUAUAUAAUAAUUAGAAUAAAAGUUAUAAGAAAUCAAUGUUCUUGAAUAAAAAUUUGCGGAUGCUAAUAAUAAAAUUUAUGAUUUAGAAAACAAAGUAGCAAUGUUAAGUGCUGAAUCAUAACGAUUGAGGUAUUUAAAUGAUCAAAAAUCAGAAUAAUUGAAAAAUGCAGAAGAUUAAUUAUCUCUUUUAAGUAUUUUGAAAGAAAAAUUAAAUUUAUUAUAAAAUAAAUAUGAUGCAUAGUAAUAAAUGAAUUAAAAUUAUUAAGAUGAAUUAGAAAAAUUAAGAAGUUAAUCAAAUCAAGCAGAUACUAAUAUUGCAGAAUUACAAAGAUAACUAGAUGAAUAAAAAGCCUAAAAUAUUGUUCAUAAGUAAUCUAAUUCUGAAUCUGUGAUUUCAGAAUUGCAAUAAUAACUUAGUACAUUAUAAUAAAGUUACAAGAAAGUUUCUGAAUCUAAUUUAGCAAAUAAUGAGGAUCCUACAUUAGAUUUAUAAAAUAGAUUAACUCUACUUAAACAAGAAAAUUAAAGAUUAAAUUAAACAGUUUAAUAAAAAAAUUAAGAAGUUCUUAAUCAUUAAUAACAAAACUCAAAUUUAUAAAAAGAAUUAUUAGAAUUAGAUACUUUAAAAAUAUAAAUUAAAGAGUAACAUGAAUCAAACACUAUGUUAUAAUCAUAACUUUAAAAUGAAGUUAAAGGUAGAUAAGAUUUAGAAUAAAGAAUUCAAUAGACUGAAAAUGAGAAAUAUGAUUUAUAGAGUAAGUGUGCAAUGUUAUCAACUCAUAUAGAAGGUAUGAAAUAUAAAUUAGAAAAAAUGGAAAAUGUUGAUGAUCUUAAAAAAAGAAUUUAAGAUUUAGAAAGCCAAUUAGCAGAAAUGUAAGUUUUGUAAUUGGAAAUUGAAAAUUUGAAAGAAUAGAUUGGAGAACUUGAAAAAGAAUUAAAACUAUGGAAAUAAAAGCAUGAAUAAUUAGAUUAAUAAUAUUAGUAAUUAAAGAUAAUUAAAGAGCAGAUGGAAAAUAAAUUAGCAAUGCUUUCAUCUGAAAUAGAAAGAUUAAAAGUGUUAAAUAAAAAAAAGCAAGAUGAAAUUGAUUAAUAGAAUUAAGAAUUAAUUAAAUUAGAUUAAGAAUUGAAUGAUAUGUAUAAUUAAUUAGAAGAUAUCAAUGAAUUAAAAACUUAAUUAGAUUCUAUUUAAAAUUAAUUACAAUAAUAAAUAGAUGUUAAUUAGGGUAAAUAAAAUGAGAUCACUCAUCUUAAAUAAUAAGUAUCAGAGAUAGAAGGUUUAUUAAUAAAUUAAGAAGACUUAUAAAAUUAAAUAAAUAAGUUAUAGUCUGAAUCAUAAUCAAAAGAUGAUAUUAUAGAAUAAUUUAAAUAAAAAAUAACAUAAUUAGAAAGUAAAAUCGCUGAACUAGAAGAUAUAAAAGUAAUGUUAAAUUAAUUCUUUUUAGUAUAAAUAUGAGGAUAAAAUGGCUCUUUUAAGUAGUGAAGUAAAAAGACAUGAAUAUAAAGCUAAAAAAUUAGAAGAAAAAUCGAAUGAAUUAACAUAAUAAGUUGAUCAUUUAAUAGUAGAGCUUAAUGAAGCAGAUCAAAAGAUUGGAGAAUUAGAAAAAGUAAAAUAAUAAUUUAUUUUUAGGAUUUAAGUAAAUGGAAAUUUGAAUAUUCAAAAUUAAAUAGCCUUUAAUACAAAAUAGAUGAAUAUAGCUUUUUGCUAGUUGUUUCUUUUGCUGAAAUUGAAGCUUUAAGAUCUUAAAUAACAUAAUUAAAUGAAUAAUUAGAUGGCCAUAAUAAAACAAAAGUUGCAUUAGCAUUAGCAAAAUGA